AUGGUACUGUACGUGGCGCAUCGGCAGAAUGGGCAGAGCCUCGUCAAGCUCGCAGCGGAGAGGGGCCCACGGGGCCCACGAGGCCCACGGGGCCCACGGGGCCCCCGAACCCCACGGCUUGGAAGGGCCAAGUCCGCAAUCAAGGGCGAAGCGCUGGAGCUGCAAGAGCCCCUCAUGACCCGCCGACUGAUGGUUGUCCUGCUUGCGCAGGUCCUCUGGCCCUACCCUUGUAGAGCCAGAGAGCGUCGGUUUUCUUGUGUGGACUGUGCCGAGAACAGGAGGCCCAGCUGUGAAGAAUCGAUAUCAGCAGUGUCAUCGAAGGGACUUCGCUUCGUAUUCUUCAAUGAACAGAACUCUAGCUGCCAAGAACUACAAGGACGUGCCAAAGAUGUGGUGGCAAAGUCGGUUGGAAGGUUUCGAUGUUACGCUCUGACUUCUCGGAUCUUCGCUGGGAGAAUGCAAAUUGGAAAGCCGCCAGUUCCCGAUGGUCGAUGGAAUGCUGGUGAGUGGUUCGCUGCUGUGAUGGAAGAAGCUACAGGACGCCCUGUUUCCUUCUUCUAUGGCGCUCCAGAAGCUGAGGGAGCGCCCAAUGCACAAACCAUUCAGUACAUGGAGGCCACAUCCGUGAAGACGGUGCCGGGCGCUACAUCCUGGGGCUUCAGCAUGCUACUCCACAGGCUGAGGCUCAUGGGAGCGACGCAGGGCAAGCUCACCGACGAGUCGGAAACGCUGCAGACCCCUGUUGUUGUGGGCGGAAUCAGCUGCCCAACCCGUGGAUCGCUUAUCUAUGCCCGAACUCUGGAAAGCAAGCGGCCAUACACAUAUCCUGUCAGGACGGCGCAAGUCAGCGUCUUUUCCUCCAGCCGCUUGCGCUACACCUAUGACUUGAACAUGGAAAGACGUGGUAGCAGCUACCCAGACGAUGAGCCCUCCUGA